UUUUUUUUUUUUUUCUAAUGCAAGAAUCUCCUUAUUUUCAAGAUCCCCAGAAACCGAAAUCGAUCCUCCGACCUCACAUGCAAUCAGGAGUCAUAGUGGCAAGAGUCAAUCCCUCAACCUCUCUCUCAACCAAGACUAUACUUGAAGCUUGAAGCACACCUUUAAACUGAAGGAAACAGGUUCCCGUUUGGGCUUUUGCGGUUUUGUCUGCAGCAAGUGCGUUACAUUUUCAAAGGUUUGCAAGGCAUGUCGAUGAGGGGUUUCUUACUUUAUCAGCGUGGUUACAUGGAGUUGUUAAAUCCUUCAAAAUUGUGUUUGUUAUCUUCUUUAUUCUUUUAUUAUGUGGGUAUUCGAAAAAAAAUGAGUCUGUACAUCAAUGCUUUGUAACAGGUUGUGGUUGCACAAAUCUUUUGCUGUACUAUAUGCUUCAUGGCCAUGAGAUAAUUGGAGCUGCAGACAUGUUGAUCUCUUGUAGGGAAGAACCAAUGCACCUCUGCUUUCCUUUUUCUCAACAAUGAAUAUAGAUAAAUGCUUGAUGCUUACUCAGAGGACAUUUGCAUUGUAUCACUCAUUUGUGUUUUUGUGCUCCUGGGUUUGAUUCUCAUUUUGAUUUUGGAGAAAUUUUGGAAAUUGAACAGAACAUUGUGUUUUACAUUUCGAUCCUAGAGAAGGGUGUUAAAGAGAACAAUGGGUCUUCUUUGUGACUUCUGUGGGGAGCAGAGGUCCAUGGUCUACUGCAGAUCAGAUUCUGCUUGCUUGUGCUUGUCCUGUGACCGCAAUGUUCAUUCUGCAAAUGCAUUGUCCCACCGCCACUCACGAACCCUUGUGUGUGAAAGAUGCAACUCACAACCUGCUGUAGUUCGAUGUGUUGAGGAGAAGACCUUGCUUUGCCAAAAUUGUGAUUGGAGUGGACAUGGUGGUGCUUCCCCAACUUCAGGACAUAAGAGGCAGCCUAUCAACUGCUAUUCAGGUUGCCCUUCAUCAGCAGAACUUUCUAGACUCUGGUCAUUUGUUAUGGACUUCCCAUCUAUGUCAGAUGCUCACUAUGAGCAGGGGUUGGGCUUGAUGAGCAUCAAUGAGAACACUGUUAGUACCUGUUGGGGGCCUCCUGAAGACAGCAGCACAGUAGACCUAGCUGUCACAGGUGGAAUGCCUGAUCUGGAAAAUGCAGAUAAAUUUGAUGAUUGGAUGGGUUCCUCUACGAUGUCUGCAUUGAAUCCUAUGCCAGGUGGUGUAAGUCAACCUGCUGGAUCCUUGGACUCGACCAACCCAAAGCUAUGCGGCACUAUGACAGAAGGCCUCGGAAUCUGUGAAGGUGAUGACCUUUACGAGGAUAUUGGUGUGGCGGAUGUCAACUUGAGUUUUGAAAACUACGAAGAAUUUUUUGGGUUAUCUCAGAAUCAGUCGGGACAGGUCUUUGAGGAGGCCGGAAUCGAUAAUUUGUUUACAUUGAAGAACAAGCCUGCUGAUUCCAGUGGACAGGGCAAGUUUGUUGCAGAGGUGUCCUCGAUUGGGCCAGUUAAAGCAAUGCAGCCAGCAUGCAGCAACACCCUAUCCGCCGAUUCCAUGAUGUCAACUCCAGGAGUCAAAUCCGACUCGAGCCUGUGUUUUCCAGCAAGGCAAGCUCAUUCAGGUAUCUCACUUUCCUUUUCUGGCAUGACCGGUGACAGCGCUGGCGAUUAUCAAGACUCUGGAAUUUCAUCAAUGCUUCUCAUGGGUGAGCCACCAUGGUAUCCUACUGGUGCUGAAAACUCAUUCCCAGCAGCGAAUAGGGACAGUGCCGUCAUGCGUUACAAGGAGAAGAAGAAAACGCGCAAGUUUGAGAAGAAAAUACGGUAUGCUUCUCGAAAGGCAAGGGCUGACGUGAGAAAGCGAGUGAAGGGGCGGUUUGUGAAGGCAGGCGAAGCUUACGAUUAUGAUCCAUUGUGCCAGACGAGAAGCUACUGAGGACGAGAGAACACAGCUUCCUAUGUUUAUAAAAGCAAAAGCAGAGCUGGCUUAAAGCUUAAAAACUCUUGAGAUUUGAAGUAUGUUGGGAGAAAGGACUUCUACACACCAUCACUCUGCAGAUGGAGAACUGCUGCAACCCUGUUCUCUCGGGUAUUCGAUUUGGUAUUUUUAUAAAGAAAGUGAGGUUCUCAAGCUUAUAGAAAUACUCAGUAAUGGAAGAUCAAUCUUCUUAACAAAUGCCCGACAGUAUGCCUGUUUCUGCUAGGAAAAAAAAGAAAAAAAAGAAAAAAAAAAGAGGCCAAUUUAUAUGAUUGGACGGUCAUGAUCUAUGGUUGAAUUUACAGGACGGGGGUAUGCAUUUGGCGCAUUUUCUGGAGGAUGGGGAGGACAUAUCACUGCUUUAGCCUCCAACAUGCAUGAUCACAUACAUCUGACUGGGUUCAAGAAUCCAGCAGGCCAUAUCGAAGGUGCUGCCAGGUUAGAUGGAAGGAACUUUUCUACUUUCAGAUUAUAUUUUUAUUAUGUUUUUGUAAUGUGAAGAAAUGUAGCAUUAGCAUUAUGCUUGUAUGUAAAAACUGAGAGAAAAAAAUAAAAAUAAAAAAAUCAAUUUGUAGCAAUUGCAUAUAAGAAGGCUGUA